AUGGGGAGCAUCUACUUCUUGCUAGUAUCUGCUCUGUUGCUUCAUUCGUUCAUGGUAAUUGGAUCGGGAAAAGAAGCAGUGGAAAUUGUCAUAGCGAAUGGUUAUCCGUAUGCCUCUCCUCCUCCCCCUACAUGCCACCCUCCGGUGAAACGGUUGGAGAGAGGGCGCAAAACUCUGGUGGAUUUCACACGUUCAGUGGACGAAAACGAAUAUACUCGUGCGUGGAGGGGGAGAAACCCAUGUAACUUCAAGGGGGUACGAUGUGCGUCGUAUCCAGACGCAGAAAAGGAAUUGGCGAUUGCGGGAAUAGAUCUGAAUGGAGCUGGGCUGUCUGGAAAAAACCGCACACCGCUGCUCCUCUCGGGCCUCCUGGACAGGAUACCAGAGCUCACCUUCUUCCAUGUCAACUCCAACAACUUCACCGGAGGCAUCCCAACUGAAAUCACCCAGUACAAAUAUUUCUACGAGCUGGACCUCAGCAACAACAAGCUCAAGGGGGAGUUUCCAAAGGAAGUUCUCCAGUCCACGCAGCUGGUUUUCCUGGACCUCAGGUUCAAUUCUCUCUACGGCCCCAUUCCGCCGCAGCUCUUUCUCAUGAAAUAUCUCGAUGUCAUUUUCAUCAACAACAAUCAAUUCACUGGCACUCUCCCCGAUACCUUUGCCUCCACUCCUGCAAGAUUCCUCACAUUUGCCAACAACCAACUCACCGGUCCAAUCCCCCCUUCCAUCGGCUCUUCCAAAAACCUCACCGAACUCCUCCUCUUGGGCAACCACUUCCAGGGCUGCUUGCCCUACCAGAUUGGCCUCCUCCACAAGGCCACCGUCUUUGACGUCAGCAACAACUGCUUGACGGGCCCCAUCCCACACUCCUUCGCCUGCUUGGAUAGCAUCCGCUACCUCAACUUGGACCACAACCGGUUCUACGGUGAAGUUCCCGAGACGGUGUGUCAGCUCCCAGGGCUCCGCAACAGAGGCAACUUCUCCUUGUCGGACAACUAUUUCACCCAGGUUGGCCCUGCAUGCAGGAGCCUCAUCGACAACAAUGUCCUCGACGUCAGCAACAAUUGCAUCCUCGGCCUUCCCAAUCAAAGGCCCCAUGACCAAUGCUCAGAAUUCUUCUCCGACCUCCAGCCCUGCCCCGAUCGCAAGUCUCUCAAUUACGUCCCAUGCAAAAAAUACUAUCCCCGCACCCACGCCGCCUCCGCUCCUCCUCUUCCUCCUCCGGUCACUUACAACUCUCUCCACCCCCAUCUUCACCGCUAG